CACACGAAUCGAAUAUAUUGUGAAAAUUUCUUCAAAAAAAUAUUUAAAAAUGGCAAGUCGUGGCAAUCUAUCUGCUUCUCAAACUGAGGUUGUUAACUGCAUAACUGGUCUUUACGAGCAAAUUCUGACGAUACUAAGCGAUAUGAGAAACAAUCAACGUAAGGUUCAACUGCUUGCUUGCAGCAGACAGUUUAACAAUAUUAUGGACUCAAUGUUGAAGAAGAUUGACGACUACGAAGCCAAUUUUGGGUACAGCCAAGAUAACACUCGCCAAGAACCAAUGGCAAUAGGAUCAUUAGCAUGGUACGAAAUGUUUGUGGGCUUCUUGCUUGAGCACCAAAGAAUUUUAUUGGAAGAACAUAACGCAGAUGUUCUCGACGGCAAUGCAGUUUCACGCCAAUUCCUUCGGAACUUGAAUUUAUUGGAUAAGUUCAGAGCAAAGGCGAGAUCACGUUUUCCCAACGAUGUAUAGAAUUUCGAUUCGAAUAAAUGUGAAAAAGAAUUUUCUUUAAAAAUAGCGCUUGAAGUGUUAACAGCAUGGAUGACGCAAGGAUUGCACUCGAAUCCCUCUUUUCCUACUACUCUUAAGCUAAACAUUUACAAUUUGUUGAAUUUAUUUUUGAGUAAAACACUAAAGGCAACUUUGAACUCAAUCGAAUAAAAUGAUGAAAAUUAUUUUGAUUGGAUAAAUAAAGUAACGGCACCGUCGGAAUGAAAUGCAGUGUCGUAUAUUAAUACUGAA